AGCGCUUUUUGGGGAGUGAAUCUAGCGCCACGCGAAAUUUUCAGUUGACAACGAUAGUGAUAAGAGAUUACCAAGACGAGUUGGGAACUUGGGACUCGGGAGGUCAUAUUUUGUGUCAAUCAUUCGUAACAUUGCAGUAGUGGUGAUAUGCGCGACUAAUGCAAAGGAUAUAGACAUCAUCAGAAGAGCAUCACCAGGAUGUAUCAGCCUUGGCAUGAAGUGCAUGUGAUUUGUCACCUUUUGGUGGCAGUGAUGGGAAGCCAAUACACUGAGUUACAAGCACAGCAUAAUAAUUCACAAAACAUAAGUGCCACUGACUGCCCAACUCUGUCAACUCUGGGGUGUGUAACUCAUAACAAAGUGAAUAUACAAUUUAAUAGCACAUCACCUUGCUUAUUCAACUGUACUUAUGAUCCCAAGCUGGGCCCAAUACGCCUGGAACUUGAACUGCACUAUAAGAAACCUGAUAAAUAUCACACAUUUGUCUCUGUCCAGCAGAAAGAGUAUUUGAAUGCUUGGACCCUUCCAAUUACAUUCCCAGUGCAUGGAAAAAGCCAGAAGUAUUCAACUAUAGAGGAACAACUGUGCCCCCCAGCAAUGGAAGAGAAUUUGCAAUUCAGGAUAAUAACGACAAACCCCUCGAAUGUUACCUUUCAACUCCAGCUUACUAACGACAGCUAUUUGCUCCAGAAGGGUUAUAAUGUGACAGUAAUUUCAACUCCAGUGUCACCAUGGUAUAAACUUUACCAAUGGGGCAUGGUUGAAUCAUCGGUUUUGGUCACAGCAGACAGUUUGGAGAAAAGUGAUUCUGUGUGUGCCAUACUUGCCUUGCAAAAUGCUCAGUGCCCAGUGGAUACAGAUGAGUCUGGACUUCGCUCUGGUCAUGGUCGUUACCAGACCUUCACUGCUCGGGCUGGAAUGAUUGCACGAAAGGAAGAAUUCCCUGAUGGCGUACAUAUUAUUGUCUUGUCCCUGCCGGAUAAUGAACCUUGUACACUAAAUAUUGCAAAUAAAGAUAAAAUUGAUAGUCGGCAUAAGACAGUGGUACUACAAGUAUAUGGUCAUGCUACUGUGUGGUCCACCUGGUAUAUCUUUGCUGCUACUGCUGCAGUCUUGGCUGGUGUUGUAUCACUCGCUACAAAGGUUGCUGUUUGGAUGAUGAACAGAAAUUUAACAUACAGGUAUGAGAUCUCUGAUGACCAAAGAGCCUUACUCGAUGAAAAUAUGCAGUCUGUUAAUGGAAGUAUUUAUCAAGUAGCAGCAGGUGGCGGAAUAGCUUUCACUCCAUCUACCAUUCAGGGUUUCUCUAAUAGCAGAUAUGAUCCUGAAGAAGGAACAGAUAUAUUUGGUGCAACAGGAGGACAUGGUGCUGGAGAAGGAACAGAAAUAUUCAGUGCAACAGGAGGACAUGGUGCUGGAGAAGGAACAGAAAUAUUUGUUGCAUCAGGAGAACAUGAUGCUGGAGAAGGAACAGAAAUAUUCAGUGCAACAGGUGGUACUGGAAUAGUCGGGGUCCCAAUUUCACAUGCAUUGAAUAGUUCUGAAGAGAGUUUCGAACCAGCACCCAACACUGACCCUCCAGCUAUUGCUUCACCCACAACUUAUGCUCCUCAGUCAGCUGUAAUGAAUUUUACACCAAGCUUUAAUCCAAGAUUUGUAUGGUGGUGGAAGCAGGUUGCAGUUUAUGAAGCUAAAAAACCUGAAGCUAAGGUGGCAGAAAUUGGCUUCCAGAACAACCUGGUUAUCAUGGCAUUGUUUUCUGCUCUACCAGUAAUGGAGCUCAUUCGGUUCUACUUAGGGAUGAUGAUGAAUUAUGGAGUUGAAGAUCAGUGCUACUUCAACUCUCGCUGCCUCACUGCUCUAGGAAAACUGCCUGAUUUUACUCGAGUUUUCAGCAAUAUUGUCUACAUUUUUGUGGGGAUUGCCUUUACCAUCAUUGUGAAGAAACAUGAGACAUUAACCCAGAACAAUCUCAAAAGUGUCACUGCUUCUCAUAAAAUUGGUAUCGGUGUGAGUCGGCACUAUGGACUUUUUACUUCUCUUGGUUAUGGACUCGUUAUUGAGGGCAUAAUGUCAGCACUCUAUCACACGUGCCCCAACAGCGUUACCAUCAAGUUUGAUAUGAUGUUUAUGUAUGUGAUAAUGGUGGCAGCUGUGGUGGGCAUAUGGGGUCUACGACAUGGAGAUGUUACACACCAUGUGUACCCAACCAUGAUGUUCAUAGGCAUGGCUCUCAUACUGGCUGAUGGCUGUGUAUGGGUCAGCAGGAUAGUUUUUUGGAUUGGCAUUGCAUCUAUCUACACAUUUAUUCUAUUGACAAAUACUGUACUUAUGUCACAGUAUGGCAUUUGGUCAUUUUCGCCAUACAUGAUGUACCAUGUGUGUAAGGGUUGGAAGCCAGUGAUGAAGAAACUGGAAGAAGUAGUGAGAGAUGAAGACCGCACCUCUAAACCAAUGCACAUUAUAAGAAUAUCGAUGGGGACAUUAGCAAAUUUCUUACUCAUCAUAUAUGGAUGCGCAUUGGACCCAAAUGUUUAUUCUUACGUGCUCAUCAUCUGCCUCACCAACAUGGGACUUUAUGUUCUAAAUUACAUAAUCACAAAGAGAAUCUGUCACAGGGAGAGCGGUACACCUUUAGCAUGGAUGUCCCUCUUAAUCUCAUUGUUGCUGUGGAUUGUAGCACUGGUGGCUUUUUGCUUCCAUAACACUGAUUCUGAGGCUUCUCCAUCCACGUCACGAGCUUUGAACACUCCAUGUGACUUCUUCAUGGUUUAUGAUAAACAUGAUGUAUGGCAUGUGACAUCUGCAUUGGCUCUCUUUUUCUUCUUUUUGGGUGUCCUCACAUUGGACGAUGAUUUGUGCCACACACCAUCAGACAAAAUUUAUGUCUUCUAGUUUUGUUCAUGUUUGUAUCAUAUGUACAGUAUUCAUAUCUACUAUUAUUUUUGUGCUGCACAUUUGAAAUGUGUUGUAUUUGACAAUCAAAGAUGAAAGCAGUUGUAUUCUACAGUGAUUUGUAUGUAGAACUAAACUUGCAUGCAAAGAUGCAUUCAUAUAUUCUCACAUUUUGUUAAUGAAGUGUAGUGGAUAUGAUGUGGAUAUGUAGUGAAGACUGUGUGGGUGUUUAGUGGAGAUGAUGUGGGUGUGUACUAAGGGGGAUGUAGUGGACUUUUAGGGGAGAUGAUGUGGAUAUGUAAGUCACAUCCAUCAUUGCUUUCAUUGUAAUUGUACACUCGGAAACCAUAUUCUCUAGCCCACCUGGGUCGGUGCUGGAGGUUAGUACAGUGUCCUUUCUGGACGGAGGCCCACAAACUAUCACGAGGCAACACACGCACGAACAACACAGUCAUAG